UAGAACAGUUCUAGAACUGAACUGAGGAAUCAUAAAGACUCGGAAACUGACCAAUUCCGCAACAAGUUUCCCUGACCUCUGAAGUCCUCAAUCUUACGUGUUUCUCAUGGGAAACAUAGUCAAGAGAGGCAGCAGGGAGCUGGUCGCCGACGGGGCCCAGUCCCUGGAGGAGGGCCCACGUGAAGUGGUCCACGCCAGACUCUACGAAGCCAUCAUGACAGAGGACUGCGCUGCCAUCCAGGCCCUGCUGCGCAGCCACCCCGUCAACCAGCCCCUGACGGUCCUGGCCAACUCCACCAGCUGCGGGUUACUUCUGACGCAGGACACUUGUAACGGACUUGGGUUUUUCCCCCUGAAGCAGACGCAGUCCAUCAUCCCCAUCCACCUGGCUGCCGAGCACCGCAAGGCACAGAGCUUGCACUGUUUGUUAGAACACGGUGCUGACCCGGAAGUAAGGGACACACGAGGCCUCACCACACUUCACCUGAUGCUACUGCACUGGCCAAUCACCUCUACCGUCCAGACAAAGCCAGGGAACAGAAUCCAAAGGCUCCUGGCGGACAUUCAGAACAACGCCGUGACGUGUCUCCGCAUCCUGUGUGAGCACGGAGCUCAAGUGAACGCUCGGGUGAACAACAGCCACAAGCACUCCGCCCUCCACCUGGCGAUAAGAUACGGGACCUACCCGGUCCUCUCCAUUUUAGCCCAAAACGGCGCCCAGGUGAAUGCCAUUAAUGAAUCCAGCAUGACUCCCCUGCACAUGGCUGCAGAUAUACUGAACAAGGAGAUGAUGGAAACGCUCAUCGCCUGUGGAGCCAACGUCAACUACGCCGUCCCUUUCACGGGGAACACGGCCCUGAAGCUGGCGGUGUGCGCCGCGUCCAGCAAAGCCGGCCGAGUGCUGGCAGCAGGGCUGAGCUGCAUCCGGCUGCUGCUGACUCACGGAGCCGAAGUCAAUGUCCAGGACCACAAGGGCCAAACAGCCAUCCACGAGGCAUGUUUUGCCGGCAGAGAGACAGUCAUCGACCUCUUGCUUGAAUUUGAAGCCAACAUUAACAUCCUCACAAAAAACGGGGAAUCUCCCAUACACAUGUACCUCCAGCGCAGCUCCAACAUCAGGGACACGGCGCUGCUUGCCAAGUUGCUUUACCGCUCUUACCCCUUGAGACUGACCAAUAACCAAGGAAUUCUGCCUGCAGGACUCAUGCUAUCAGAGUUCCAACUCUUAAGGGAAUCUCUAAUCAAGUUGUCGCAAAAACCCUUCUCCCUAGAGGACAUCUGUAAGAGAAGCAUCAGGAACAUCUAUGGGGAGAGAUACAAACAGCAUGUGCAGCGCCUCCUCCCCGAGAAGGUCUGGAAUUCUGUGUACGGGUAUUACGACCUGGCUUCCCUCCUGAAAUAA